GAAAGUUAGCGACGUCGUUAACUUCACGCAGGUUGAAGUAUCGGGAUAUCGUCUUCAACUUUAUACACAUAAAAAGGCAGAAAAAAUAAUUGUAACAAUUUAAUAAUAAAAACCUACAGAAAAUGGGCGAACAACCAAUAUUCACCUGUCAGGCGCAUGUCUUCCAUAUUGAUCCGAAGACCAAGCGUACUUGGAUAACUGCCAGUAUGAAGGCGGUUAAUGUUAGCUUUUUCUAUGAUUCUUCGCGCAAUCUCUACCGCAUUAUCAGCGUGGAGGGCCCCAAGGCGGUAAUCAAUUCCACCAUUACUCCAAAUAUGACAUUUACACAGACGUCCCAGAAAUUUGGCCAAUGGAGUGAUGUGAGAGCCAAUACGGUAUAUGGCUUGGGGUUUGCUUCGGAAGCAGAACUGACGAAGUUUGUGGAAAAAUUCCAGGAGGUUAAAGAAGCCACAAAAAAUGCCUUAAAAUCGGCUAAUGGGUCUACCGCUGUGACUCCGACCACCUCAGCCAAUACAUCGCCUAUAAGCUCACGAACAGCAGCAAUGCAACAAAAUGACAAUGCCGCUAUGGUGGAUCCCCAUUCGGUGGAGCCUCCAAACAUGUCAAAUACGAAUACUCAAAAUGCAAAUCCAGACAGUCCAUCACACAAACUAUUGUCAACUACUGGCGACACGAAGUCAGAACAUGUGACAUCCGCCCCCUCUCCCGCUCCCAUGGUAAAUGUGAGUGCAGGUGGUGGCGGUGGGGGUAGUGUUGUUGGCAUGCAUACCGGCGGUGGGGGUGCUGCAACCAGUGAACAACAAUUAAAAUAUGAAAAUGAACGCCUGAAAAUGGCCUUAGCUCAAAGCUGUGCUAAUGCCAAAAAAUGGGAAAUCGAACUGGCCACUCUGAAAAACAACAAUUUACGACUAACCAGUGCGCUACAGGAAUCCACUGCCAAUGUUGAUGAAUGGAAGCGUCAGCUGCACACUUACAAAGAAGAAAAUAUACGAUUAAAGCGUGAAAUUGAAUUGAUGCGGGCCGGAGCACCAGUCCCCAAUUCUGUGGUGGGCGGGGCCAGCAGUGAGUUGGUCGAAGAGUUGAGACGUGAACUGGCCGUUCUGAAAGCACGCAAUGAAUCGUUGCAAAACGAGCUUAGAAAUCAGGAACUCGAAUUGACUACCGCCAACAUGAACUUGAGAGAAAAGUGUAAUGACCAAACGAUGUCCAAGAUGAGUGAGCUGAACAUUUUAUUUGCUAAACAUUUAUCAGAAUUAUUUGCGGUACAAAAAGAUAUGGAAAAUGUAAUACAUCCACCAAAAAGCACUUGAGAUACAGAUUCCACAACAAUCAGCUAUUACAAGAAGAUUUCUGAGGAAAAUGCUGCUUCAAUACGUAAUUAUUUAAAACCCUCAUCUGGCCUACCCAUGGCAGAUUCGGAAAGUACACUAUCGA